GAAUGAGCGGGGCCCCGCGUCCGGGUCGGCCCGGUAGGCGUAUAGUUUUUGGUCUUAACCGGCAGUAGCUAAGUCAUAAACAUUGCACUUCGGAAGUCUUUCCAUGAUGCAUUUAACCCCGGCAUGACGCCACUUACGGCACAACGAAAAGGUUUUCAAAACGAAGCGACCCACUGAUUUCUGUGUCCGCGCCCUGCGGCGGGGGCAGGCGCCCACCGCCCAGCCUCCCGUGUGCCCACGGUUUUCUCGGCUCGGGUUCGAAGUGAAACCGUUCCAAAUUCGUGAUUUUUCUACAAUGACUUCUUUUUUACCCUUCAGAUAAUUUCCAAAGUUUCCGCCUCUUACCCUUAUGUUUCCACCGAUGCAACUACACAUUUCCAGCAUCCUUUUUCAGAUUUCAUGACAAGACUAUCUUAAAGACGAAAGAACAUCGAAUGGAGAGUCAGAAAGCCUGAGUUCUAGUCCUGACUGCCAGUAACUAGCGGAGAAAUAUGAACCAGAAGAUACUAAAGUUGGAGAACUUGCUUCGAUUUCACACUGUCUGUAGGCACCUUCACAGCUCUGCUCAAAGAAGAAUGUUAGCACACCAGAGGCAUGUGCUUUCAACUGCUUAUCGAGUGCGGCAGGCUCAGCUGUAUGCCUGGCCCUGGCAAACAUACACACUCAUCAGGACUGCUUUAUUUCAGUAUAGGCUUCUAGUAACAAAGAAGGAAGAAAGGUCACGAAAAUCUCAAUUAUCUUCAACAAAAUCUAAAAAGGAAGUAGAGGUGUGGAUUGGAAUGACUGUUGAGGAUCUGGCCAGAGCAAUGGAAAAAGACAUAGAUUAUAUAUGUGAAGCUUUAAUGAAUACUAAGGUUGACAUAGACUCACUAGAAGCAGACUCACAUUUAGAUGAAGUCUGGAUCAAAGAAGUAAUAAAGAAGGCAGGGAUGAAGUUAAUAUGGAGCAAAUUAAAAGAGGACAAAGUCAGAGAAAAUAAAGAUGCUGUAAAAAGGCCCCAGGCAGAUCCGGCUUUGUUAACCCCAAGGUCCCCUGUUGUUACUAUAAUGGGGCAUGUUGAUCAUGGGAAAACGACAUUACUUGACAAGCUGCGAAAAACUCAAGUGGCAGCAAUGGAAGCUGGAGGCAUCACUCAGCACAUUGGUGCCUUUCUUGUCUCUCUGCCUUCUGGGGAAAAAAUAACCUUUCUUGAUACUCCGGGACAUGCUGCAUUCUCAGCAAUGAGAGCCAGAGGUGCCCAGGUCACUGACAUUGUCAUAUUGGUUGUAGCUGCAGAUGAUGGUGUAAUGAAACAAACUAUAGAAUCUAUUCAGCAUGCAAAAGAUGCUCAAGUUCCUAUUGUCCUUGCCAUAAAUAAAUGUGACAAAGCUGAGGCUGAUCCUGAAAAAGUAAAAAAAGAACUGCUAGCCUAUGAUGUGGUUUGUGAGGACUAUGGAGGUGAUGUCCAAGCAGUGCCUGUCUCUGCGCUUACGGGUGAUAAUCUGAUGGCUUUGGCAGAGGCAAUAAUUGCUCUUGCAGAAAUGUUAGAACUGAAAGCAGAUCCCACUGGUCCAGUGGAAGGAACAGUAAUAGAAUCUUUCACAGACAAAGGAAGAGGGCCUGUCACUACAGCUAUAAUUCAAAGAGGAACACUGAGAAAAGGUUCUAUUCUGAUUGCUGGAAAGAGUUGGGCAAAAGUACGAUUAAUGUUUGAUGAAAAUGGAAAAACAAUCAGUGAGGCCUGUCCUAGCAUGCCAGUGGGAAUUGUAGGAUGGAAAGACCUCCCUUCUGCAGGAGAUGAAAUUCUUGAAGUAGAAUCUGAGCCAAGAGCUCGUGAAGUUGUUGACUGGAGGAAGUAUGAGCAAGAACAGGAGAAAAAUAAAGAGGAUCUGAAGAAAAUAGAAGAAAAGCGAAAGGAACACCAAGAUGCCCAUCGGAAGGCCCGUGAGAAGUAUGGCACUUUGCACUGGAAGGAGAGGUCAUUUUUAAAGUACCAAGAAAAAAAAGAGCAAAAACCCUUAAAGCCAAAAGAGAAAGGAGAAAGAGAUUUAAAUGUACUUCCUAUAAUUAUUAAAGGUGAUGUUGAUGGUUCUGUUGAGGCCAUUUUGGAUAUUAUGGAUACCUAUGACGCGUCACAUGAAUGCGAACUAGAAUUAGUACAUUUUGGUGUGGGUGAUAUUAGUGAAAAUGAUGUUAACCUUGCUGAGACUUUUCAUGGUGUUGUAUAUGGUUUCAAUGUAAACGCAGGCAAUGUUAUCCAGCAGUUGGCUGCAAAAAAAGGAGUAAAAAUUAAACUUCACAAAAUCAUUUACCGUCUUAUUGAAGAUUUACAAAAGGAACUGAGCAGCAGAUUGCCCAGCUCCAUGGAGGAAUACCCAGUAGGUGAGGCCUCUAUACUAGCUACCUUCUCUGUAACAGAAGGAAAGAAAAAAGUUCCUGUGGCUGGCUGCAGAGUCCAUAAGGGACAGUUAGAAAAACAAAAAAAAUUUAAAUUAAUCCGUAACAGACAAGUAAUUUGGAAAGGUUCAUUAACCUCGCUGAAACACCAUAAAGAUGAUGUUUCAGUCAUCAAAACUGGAAUGGACUGUGGUCUCAGUUUGGAUGAAGAAAAGAUAGAAUUUAAAAUAGGAGAUGAAAUUGUGUGUUAUGAAGAAAAGGAAGUUCUAACCAAGACAUCUUGGGAUCCAGGAUUUUAAAAUUGUAAAUGACUAGAUGUUUUACUUUAUUGGGGGUAUGAAUUUAACAAUACUGGUCAUAGUGGUUGAGUACUCUGUCAAAAUGCUGCAGAAAUGAUAAACUUAAGGAUGCCUUCAACUAGAAAUCCCGGCACAAAAAGAACAGUUUGGUAAAGAGAAUUGUUACUGGUGUUAUCAUUGAAUGUAAUAAUCAGUUUAAUAAACAUCAAUUGUAUGCUUUAAAAAGUGUUAUCAAGAGCAGCAAUCCACUCUCUGCAGUGAGCCCCAGAGGCACAAUAUGGCAAAUAUUGCCUAGUAUUUUCCUCUAUCACUGUAACACAAGAAGUGUAUCACCUUGUGUUAGAUUACAAACAUUCCAUCCUAAUCACUCCAGGACACAGAAUGUUAUUUUGAAUUACUAAAUUAAGCACUCUUUAUUUCAAUCCCUUGUGUAUGAAGUAAUUAACACUAGUUCACACAUGUCAGUGAUUUCUCAGGGUGGGGUGGUUUAUUACUGGCAUGAAAUGUGUCAACCAGGGAUUAUGUUCAUUUUCCUAUGAUGCACAGGACAGACCCCAUAACAAUUAUCUGGCUCACAAUGUUAAAAAAUACAAAUUGGCCUAUUAUCUAGAAAACUGGUGUUAAAUCGUCAAUUUGAUGCUUAAAUACAACCCUUCAAUUAAUGGAAUAAAACCCAGCCAUUAAAUUGUAAUGUCAUUUAUUAUGA